AUGCACCACGAUGGGUACGCCGCAGCGACGGCGGCGCCUCCGCUGACCCUUGCUGCGUCGCCGGCGCCGGCGCCGGAGCAGGAGCCAAAGUGGACCCGCAGGGAUGACAAGUUCCUGGAGCUACUGCUCUUCACCCGCAACACCGUCUCCCUCCACAUCGCCUCCGGCAUCAUCGGCAAGACGCCGGUCCAGAUUCACCAGCGGUGCACCUUCAUGUUCGCCGAGCUGAGCCACGUCCUCGAGUCUCUGGAAGUGUUGACGCCGCCCGUGUGGGACAUGGAGAUUGCUGCUAUGGCCGCGGCGGUGGAAGAAGAAGUAGUGCCCGAGGCCGUGGUGCCCGCUGCUCCACCAGUUGCAGCGAGGAAGAACUCUGCUGAGCGGGCAGUUGGUGCCGGCGGCGAUAAACGCAAUAAGAAGGCGGCUGAGAAGUGGACGGAAUAUGAGCACAGACUUUUCUUAGCGGGCCUGCCCUUCUAUAGAGGCAAUUGGAAUGCGAUGUCGAGGGAGUUUCUUACGAGCAAGACUGCGAGCCAGAUCGCCAGCCAUUACCAGAAAUAUCGGAACAGGGAGAAACAGAGGGAACAUGACAACUGCAAGAGAGCGAGCAUACACGACAUCACGGAACCUGGGAUCGCCGCCGCCUUUGCAGUUUCAGGUGGUGAGGCAGCUGCAUGGAAAGGUGAGCUUCCUAGAUCUGAAGCUAGCGCUCGGGGUCAAGAAAAUGAACCAUGGGAGCCAAUUGAGAGCGGUGAAGAUGGACUUAGUCCUGUUGAAGAGUUUCCUGGUGAAGAUGACCCGGGAACUCUGCUUACGUAG